GGGUCCAGGACAGCCAAUGGCCUUUCGGCCCAGACUGUUGACGAACACUCUGCUCGUCAUCAUAAACCAUCGAUGCGCAACGCUCAUGCAUGGAAGAUCCUCAUCUGGCAUAAUAUGGCUAUUUUCAAAAGUACGCCAGCAUCUCAAGAGUCUGACUCGGCCCUUCGCCUACCAGCGCAAAAGCGCACAUCGCCGCCCGCAUCCUACCGCCUGUCGACCAUUACCGAAUCAUCAAAUGCAGGAAACCCGUCAACCAGCCAACCGAAAAGUAUCUUGCGUAACUCCGGUGGUGCACGGCCGAGCCCUCUUAGACAACAUUUCGAAGCCGGCAGUAAGCGGCCAAGCCAAGAUACUACGCGUACCGCGCCACCAUCAUACACAUGGGUGCCAGAGUCUGUCGACGGAUAUGAGGACCUGACUGCGCCUGUAGAGGGCGAGAAGCUGGCGGAAUUGCGGAGGAACGGAGGUUACGAGUCACCGAAGCGCCGGAAAUUGGAACGAGGUGGAUGGGGACGACUGGCGCUUAUUGUCCUCAUAGUGCUUGCAGUGAUCGGGCUAGGGGUCGGCUUGGGCGUAGGCUUGACCGUAGGAAGAAGACAUAGUGGCGACAUCAGCAGCAGUGGCGGCUCGUCGAACCAACCGCCCGGGACUACGCCAAACAUAGACCAGAUCCAGCAAUUUCCGCUCGGCGAGUACAGUAUGAUCACGGCGCUACGCAUGGUGCAGACCAACUGCACCUCAAAUCCUGCAACAUGGCGCUGCUACCCGUACAGCGUUUUCAGCGCUACCGAUAGUGGUACCAACACGAGCAGUCUUGCGACAUUCAACUGGAUAGUUAGCAACACGUCGAUGGUGUACCCGACAAACUCCACAACCCGGACCACAUCCGACCAAGGCAUCCCAUCCAACCUCACGAUCAGCUCAACAAACAACCCGUUCAGUAUAAGCUUCACGAAUCGAUCUCUGACCUACUUCGCUGCGUCGAAUAACGUCACCUCUCCACGUCUGUCGUUCAACUUCACAAUGAGCAAGUCAGUCAUUCCGAGCGCAGCCAUCACUUCCUCGAAUGUAGCGACGGAAUGCUUCUUCAACAAUACCGUCUUUACAGGGACGCUGUACUUGUCUGCGCAACGCACAUUUCCAAGCGGAGCUUUGGCGAACUCUACUGGCAUAGGCGGCUACACACCGUGGCCGUACGCCCUUGAAGUCACGCAGACCAGUGCGGGAGAACAGGAUGUGCCGGCGUGCUAUGAGCUUGCAAACGGCGCGGCAGGCACGAGGUUGACGGAUGUUACGACCCCUGAGUCGGCGCAGGAGCUGUGUUUGUGCGAUUACAGGAACUAUUGAUCUGCGUGUAACUGAGGCUUACAAUCUCAGCCUCGUUGGAACGGACAAGCGCGCGACGCACUUAUGGGGCGUGACUCGCGGGCUAUGCUACAUACACGCCAGCCUUUCCCGUCAGCCCGACCCAUAGACCGCAAGGCUGACCA